AUGGGGAGCGAGACCAAGGGGAUGCUGGAGAUCCAGAAGGAUAAAAUGACUGAGAUCAAGUUCACCAAGCUCUUCAUCAACGGCGAAUUCGUCGACGCCGUCUCCCGUAAAGCCCUCCCCCUCCACCCCCGCCGUCUCCGUUUCCUUCCCUGAGAAGAAGAAGAGAGAGGAUCGAUAAGAUGUCCGUGUGUUGUCCGCAGGGAAGACGUUCGAGACGACGGAGCCGCGAACAGGGGAGGUGCUGGCGAGUGUGGCGGAAGGCGACAAGGAGGACAUCGACCUGGCCGUAAAGGCCGCCCGUGAGGCCUUCGACCACGGCAAGUGGCCCCGCUUGCCCGGCUCGGUACUUUCCUCCUCCUCCUCCUCCUCGUAAUUCUAAUCUUCUUGGUAAUCGUCAUCGUCGUCUUCUUCCUUCACCUCCUCACCUCCUCCUCCCUUCCGAUGGGCUGGUUCUUCCUCCUCCGUCUAGCGGGUUCUUCUCCUUCUUCUUCUUCUUCUUCUUCUUCUUCUUCUUCUUCUUCUUCUUCUUCUUCUUCCUCUUCCACGAGGGAUGGGGCGAUGAAAUUCUCUGGGGGCUGAGCGCAGGAGAGGGGGAGGAUAAUGAGGCGGCUGGCGGAUCUGAUCGACGAGCACGCGGAGGAGCUGGCGGCCCUUGAAAGUAUGGAUGCCGGGAGGCUUUUCACCCUCGGCAAGAUCAUCGACAUCCCCGCGUGCUCCCGAAACCUGCGUUACUUCGCCGGCGCCGCCGACAAGAUCCACGGGCUUACGCUGAAGAUGUCCAGGGAGCUCCAGGGGCACACCUUGAAGGAGCCUAUCGGAGUUGUCGGCCACAUCAUUCCCUGGAACUUCCCCUCCACCAUGUUCUUCCUCAAGGUCAGCCCCGCCCUCGCCGCAGGCUGCACCAUGGUCGUCAAGCCCGCCGAGCAGGCCCCUCUCACGGCCCUCUUCUACGCCCACCUGGCCAAGCAGGUACCUUUGCUCUCUAUCCGAAACAACGAAAAAGCCGCUUUCUCACCUCCUCUCCGAUCUCAGGCCGGCAUCCCCGACGGCGUGCUUAACGUCGUCAAUGGCUUCGGAUCCACCGCCGGCGCCGCCCUCGCCUCUCACAUGGACGUCGACAAAGUGGCCUCUCUCUCUCUCUCUCUCUCUCUCUCUCUCUCUGUCUCUACAGUUGUGAGCAGUAGUCAGGAUGUGUGCCUCGGAUUUGGUGGACAGAUUAGCUUCACGGGGUCGACGGAGGUGGGGCGUCUGGUGAUGGAGGCGUCGGCGAAGAGCAACCUGAAACCGGUGACGCUAGAGAUGGGGGGGAAGUCGCCGCUGAUCAUCUUCGAUGACGCCGACGUGAACGUGGCGACGGAGCUGGCCAGGAUGGCCGUCUUCUACAACAAGGCAACGACGACCUCCCCUCCCUCUCUCUCUCUCUCUCUCUCUCCUUCCAGUUUGUCGGGAAGACCCGCCGCGGCUUACGGCAGCUGUCUGAAGUUGUAGGGGGAGAUCUGCGUGGCGGGGUCCCGCGUCUUCGUCCAGGAAGGAAUAUACGACGAGUUCGUGAGGGUCUCCCUCGAGAAGGCCAAGUCCUGGAAGGUCGGAGACCCCUUCGACCCCACCGUCAACCAAGGCCCUCAGGUAAUCUCUCUCUCUCUCUUUCUGCUCAGGAAGACCCACCUCCGCCAUGAUUGCCCCUUCUAAUGGCCGACCCUCUCGAGAGAGAUGAAACUACUGAAACUUUUUCCGGGGCUGGGCGAAGAAACUCGUCGUUCUAAUGGUGUCUGUCCUCUUGGCGGUGAAGGUGGACAAGGUGCAGUUUGACCGCGUCCUCUCGUACGUCGAGCACGGGAAGCGAGAGGGAGCCACGCUGCUGACCGGGGGGAAGCCCUGCGGCGAGAAGGGCUUCUACAUCGAGCCCACCAUCUUCGCGGACGUCAAGGUAGUCAACACCCGCAGGGGGGUUCGAAUGGGAGAGGAAAAGUCUCAACCCCAUCCUGAUGCCAAUCCUCUUCUUCCGCAGGACGAUAUGAUCAUUGCCAGAGAGGAGAUAUUCGGACCCGUCAUGUCUCUCAUGAAGUUCAAGUAAGUCACCGCUGAUCCUGACUUUCCACGUCGACUUUGUAUGCCGACCGUGGUUGACUUUCUGUUUCCGUGGGUUGCCUCCUCCAUGUAUGCAUCCAUCCAGGACGGUGGAGGAGGCGAUCGAGAGGGCGAACAAGACGAGGUACGGGCUGGCGGCGGGGAUCGUGACCAAGGACCUGAACACGGCCAACCGGGUGUCGAGGUCAGUCCGAGCUGGCACUGUCUGGAUCAACUGCUACUUCGCCUUCGACGCCGACGCCCCCUUCGGCGGGUACAAGAUGAGCGGCUUCGGCAAGGACGCGGGGAUGGCGGCGCUCGACGGCUACCUCAACACCAAGGCCGUCAUCACCCCCAUCUUCGACUCCCCCUGGCUCUGA